GAGAGGAUUUAUACACUGGGAUACACAGUUGGGGUACGCCUGUUGCGAAUCGUCAUGGCUAACAGUAAAGUUGCAAUUUGGGCGCUCGUCCUGUUAUCUGUAGCCAACUUUGUGAGACCCGAGUGCCAGAAGGGCCAGAUCCGAUGUCAGCGCACGAACAAGUGUGUGUGGAAAAGAAACCUGUGUGACUUGAAGAACGAUUGUGGACAGUGGGAGGAUGAGAUGAACUGUGGCUUCAACAGCACACGGUGCAGCGCCGGGGAGCUGGAGUGUCCUGACCGCAUGUGUAUCCCCCUCUCCUGGCGAUGUAACGGUGCCCGGGACUGUGCGGACGGGAGUGAUGAGGCUGGCUGUGAUCAAUGCCUUCCCCACCAGUUCAGAUGUACCGAUGGGAGUUGCUUGAACACGGACUUCCAAUGUGACAACGAGAGAGACUGCUCGGACGGAAGUGACGAAGAUGGGUGUAUACGAGUCAUAUGUCGCCCUGACCAGUUUGAGUGUGCUAAUGGCCUGAUGUGUGUCCCUCUGUACUGGGUCUGUGACAUUACACCACACUGCAGCGAUGCCAGCGAUGAGAAGGGUUGCAAAGCAUGUACCAAGGAGCAUUUCAUGUGCUCAAAUGGAAGAAAGUGCAUCGACCCAAGUCAGAAAUGUGACCGGAACAAAGACUGUGAUGAUGGAAGUGAUGAGAUUGGAU